AUGCUCUCCGCCGUACGCGCAGUCGCUGCGCUCGCCUCUGCAGCACUCCUCGUCGCUCCCUCGGCCGCCCAAACAUACACCAACUGCAACCCAACACUGCGGUCCGACUGCCCAGCGGAUUCGGCACUGGGUCGCACAGUCAACAUCGACUUCACCUCUUCGUCUGACAGCUUCACGCCUCAGGGCAAUCCCACCUACGACUCAAGUGGCGCAGCUUUCACUAUUUCCAAGACGGGCGAUGCUCCCACGCUUACAUCGAAAUGGUACAUCAUGUUUGGCAAGGUCGAGGUGUCGAUGAAGGCGGCCCCGGGAGCAGGCAUCGUUAGCAGCUUUGUCCUCCAGUCUGACACCCUGGAUGAGAUUGAUUGGGAGUGGCUCGGCGCCGACCCCGACGAGGUCCAGUCAAACUACUUCGGCAAGGGCCAGACAACCUCGUACAAUCGCGGCGCUUUCCACGCAGACACCGGGAGCCAGACAACCUACAAGAUGUACACGAUCGAAUGGACACCCGAGCAGAUUGUGUGGCAGAUCGAUGGAAAGACUGUCCGAACUCUCGAGCCCGCCAACGCUGAAAACCAGUACCCCCAAUCACCCAUGCAAAUCAAACUUGGUGCAUGGAGUGGCGGCGAUUCGGCAAACCCUGCCGGUACAAUCUCCUGGGCUAGAGGGCCAACCGAUUACUCAAAGGGGCCAUACACCAUGCACGUCAUGUCUCUCAAGGUCUCCGACUACUCCACUGGCACCCAGUACAGCUACGGCGAUACUAGCGGCACUUGGGGAUCUAUCAAGUCGAACGGCGGUGUCAUCUACUCUGGCGGUGACAAGCCAAUCCAGGAUUCGCCUCAAGUAACAGCAACGGCCAGCGGACAGCCCAUUCCUUUCACCCCUCAUACAACCUCCGUGGUCGACCGUCCGAGCGUCUACCCCUGGGUUCCUGCGUCGUCGUCAUAUGUACCUCAGCCUACAUUCGCCAACUACCCUGGCCUGCCGAGUGGGUGGAGUGUCUCUGAUACAGGCAAAGUCGUUCCUCCCAGCUCAGCUCCCCCAUCCCCUCGCGUGUCCUCUAUGCUCUCGCCUGCAGCUUUGCUCUCGGCGCCAUCUGGCGAUUCUAGGCCUGAGGAAAUCAUCAGCAUUGAUGAUCAGGUCUUCAUUAUUAUUCACCCCGACACAUCACUUUCCCAGUCUACUCUCACUGCUUCGAUCAGUGUCUACGCCCCGAAGAACGACGUCGUAGCAUCGGCAGUCACCGUCGUUCCCACUGCCAACAGUGGAAUGUCUCGAUUCCUCAGUCAUUCCUACCUCCUUUCAGCGUUUACCUGUUUCGCCGGAGCUACGCUUGCCACCAUGUAG